AUGUCCGUCCUGGAAACCUUCCCUUUUCGCCCUUCUGAAAUGCCUUUCAAACGCUGUGUGAGUGAUUUCACUGCUAUGACUUCCAUUUUGUGCUUUAUUAAAGGUGCUGUUAGAAUCCCAACCGUUUCCGUAUCUCCAGAGGAAUUAAAUACAACUGCCAUGGCAGAGUUUGGGAAUUAUAUUAAGGAAGUUUUUCCUACUGUCUUUUCUUCAAAGUUCAUUCAACAUGAAGUCGUUGGCUCAUACAGCCAUCUCUUCACCGUGCAGGGCUCCCGCCCUGACAUGAUGCCCUAUAUGCUGCUCGCACAUAUGGAUGUUGUGCCCGCGACCCCCGAUGGCUGGGAUGUCCCCCCCUUCUCCGCUGUGGAACGCGAAGGUUUCAUCUAUGGACGAGGAACACUGGAUAACAAAAACUCAGCUAUAGGUAUUCUGCAAGCUCUAGAAUUUCUGCUAAGGAGAAACUAUAGACCCCGCAGAUCUUUCUAUGUUGGCAUUGGACACGAUGAAGAGGUGUUUGGUCGAAAAGGAGCAAAGAAGAUGGCAGCUCUGUUGGAAGCCAGAGGAGUGAAACUCUCCUUCUUGUUAGAUGAGGGAAGUGGUGUCCUAGAUGGCAUCAUUGCAGGAAUGAAGAAGCCAGUCGCUCUAAUAGGUAUCACAGAGAAGGGUUCAAUAACGCUGAACUUCACUGUGGAAAAAGAGCCAGGACAUUCCUCCUUUCCUCCUAAGGAGACGAGCAUUGGCAUUCUCGCAGCAGCAAUGUCCAGGCUGGAGCAGAAUCCCAUGCCCAAUAUGUUUGGCUAUGGGCCUGAACUCCUGACUAUGGAGCACCUUGCUUCAGAGUUCAGUUUUCCUCUCAAUCUUGUCAUGUCCAAUCUAUGGCUGUUUUCACCUAUUGUCAGCAGAAUUCUUUCCUGGACACCUUCCACCAAUGCUUUGAUUCGAACUACUACAGCAGUCACAAUGUUUAACGCGGGCGUCAAGAUCAAUGUUGUCCCAUCUUCUGCAAAAGCAACCGCCAACUUCCGCAUCCAUUCUGCAGAAAAGGCCACUGAGGUACUAGAGACAGUUAGAAACACUAUUGCUGAUGACAGAGUGAAGAUUGAUGUAAUAGAGGCCUUUGACCCGCUCCCCAUCAGCCCUUGGGAUGAUCAGGCAUUUGGAGUCCAUGUUUUUCAAAGAACCAUCCUGGAUAUUUUCCCAAAUGUUGACAGUGUGGUCCCAGGCACGUGUGUUGGAAACACAGACAGCAGGCAUUUCACGAACGUCACAAAUGCCAUUUAUCGAUUUAACCCAGUGCUCUUGAAAUCAGAUGAUCUUCCCAGGAUCCAUGGGUUGAAUGAGAGAAUCUCUGUGGAGGGUUAUGAAAAACAGGUGGAGUUUCUCUUUCACCUGAUUCAGAACUGUGAUAUUGAAAAGCUGCCGGAGCCUCACGCCAACUCCCAUGAGCUGUGAGGGCACCGGCGAGGAGCAGCUACCGAGGGGGAUGCUGGCGUGGCAGGGGUCUGCCUGUAGGUUGCGGUGGUCAUAUGAGCUGUGCCUGCAAUGUGAUUAUUGGAAAUCAUGGUUUACUUUCAGAUGGAAAAACUGCUGGUUGUUGCUUUUGAUUCAGUUCCGUAGUUUGCUGGAGGGUGAUAAGAAUCUGGACAACCACAACAAAAAACCCUGAUUUCUGUUCUUCUCUGUCCUCAUGCAGACACCAAUCUGAUGAUACUACAUCUUUUUCACACUUUUCCUGAAAUCCUGAAGCCUUUCAAAUUGGUAGUCACUUACAAAUCUCAGCUGUAAUUCUCAGCCACUCAUCCAUCUGUAAAAGAGCUAACCUCACCAUGUGUGCUUUUUACGAACCCCUCCUAUACGGAAAAUCUGAUUUUUCACAAGGAAUAUCACUAACAGAAGCUUGUGUGGGAGGUCUUCAGCAUGGUGCUGGUUUGGUGGGCUUGGGCAGCACGGGGCUGGGCCUGCUGCACUGCUGCUUUGGACGGGCUUUUUUCCCAAAUGCUGCUUUCAACCAGUGUCAGUGUUAUUUAGGUACUGCUAAUUCAUGCACUGAUUUUUAACUCCAGUUUAAAACCCUGGGCUCCAGCAGGACUGGUCAUAUUGCUUUAACUCUGAUGUUGCCCUGAUUUCAAAGGUGCUAAAUCUGCCGUUAACCUAUUUUCUCUUUUCAGUGACUUUCCCCCCUUGUUCUUUCUUUAAUAAGACCCAGAAUAUUUUGUGCAGCUGCGUGUCAGACCAAGGAACUGCAGUUUUAAAUAGGAAACUCCAUCAGUAUUGUCUGCUCCUAUAUAUUUUCUGCACUGAAUCAGUUUCUGUGUAGCAUGGAUUUCUGUUUUAUCCUCUUUUUGAUUCCAAAGAAUGGUGACGCCUUCCAGGUUCUCCCAGCUCAGUGGGAGCAGGGAGCCUCCUCUGUUCCCUCCUGGCCUCACUAGCACUUCUCACUUUACCCUGGCCCCUUUUUUUUUCUUGAUUUAGCUUUUUGGGAAUCCGAAUGUGAACAGGCCAUAGACAUUGACCCUGUCCCAUCUGCUCUUGCACUUCCUGCGCUAGCAUGACUAGCUCUUUAACACUAAUUAAGCACUUGUCUUUUGGCCUAGUUAUUAAUUAAACAAGGAAGGAAUUAAGAAUCAGCUGUUAGCCAAAGUACAGACAAGGAUGAGAAACACUUGGUUGCACUGACGUGGAUUCUCUGUGCUAUGGGAACCCACCAAGUAUCCUCCUGUUGCACUGUUCCAGAGAUGCUUGUUCCUUUUUCAGAGUGUGAAUUAUGUGCUGGAGUCGGUGGUUUUUCUGAUCUGUGCACACAUUGUAAAAUGUACAUGAAAUACCCUGAAAUGUCUCUUGAAAAGGGGAUGGAACU